CAUGGUAACCACGUGUACACACAGUAUGGCGGAAGAGAAACGGGCAGCGUGAGGACAAACAAACAAAGUUACUGUCUUAGCCACAGCUUUAGGUUGAAUUGUGUGUCUGUGUUGUGUUGCUGUUUGAGCAACUUUGACGUUUAUCGUGAGCUGCAUGAGUUUCUGUACCAUGGAAGAACCAGAGGCGGGAGAAACAUCGCGAUUUGACCCGUCUGUGAACAGCCACAGACCCGCAUCAGGGAAGUCCCAGGACAUCUCUCAUGUGUUAUCAAGCAUCUUCAAAGACCUUUACACAAAAGACAUCAUUGGCAAAGACACUUUGUCCAACCUCGUCAAGUCAAGGACUGGACGGAGCAGCCACCAUGACAGAUAUGUCGAAGAGCUCCAACAGGCUCAUGCCGAAUACAGCCGGCAUAUAAAAGAAGCCGACAUGUUGGAGAGUCAUAUAAUUCAGGCCAGGGCUCGGGCUGCAGCCAUAGAAAGCCAGGCCUACGAAAGGAUGAAAGAGGAGAUGGGAGAUGUUUAUGAUGAUCAUCAGAGCUACCUUACAGUCAAAUCAGCCUUUUCCUGGUGUGUCGACAAAGAUCUUCUCAAAAUGAACAACCUGAUUUCCCCCCAGGACUAUUUACCUACACAGAAACCACAUGUGGAAGCACCAGCAGCAAUAAAAUCAGAUCCUGCCAAACCAACCAUCGCCUACAGCAUGCACGUGUCCAAGAAGCCUCAGGAUGAUGGUUAUACUCUAAUUCCCUGUCCAAAAAAGACGGUGCAAGAAAUGAUGGAGUCAGAACUCAGCCUGACCCUCGAAUCCAGCUCAGCUACCCCACAGGGGAAGAAAACUCUAAGAGAGAAGCCAAACCAGACCAAACCAAAACCGAAGUGGAGGGACGCGCCGAGCGCAAAGGAUCGAGCGGAGGCAUGGGGAAAACUUCAGAAGAUGAAAGAUCGACAGAGCUUCUUAUGCAACCCUCGCUUCCUGCCUCCAAAUGCACAGCGAGGUGGCACAUCCCUCAUCCGACCCAGAACCAAAGCGGGGAAGACGGAGCAUGUGAGCUCCACUGAUGAUCCUGUCCCAGUCUUUGUAGCGAAGCCCUCUGUGGUGGUUUUCACGGACUACAGCGUGGGACACGUUUAUGAGACUACAGUGGAGCUUAAAAACACGACUUCUGCAAGCCGUCAUGUCCGUGUCAUCCCUCCUACCACUCCUUACUUCUCUAUUGGCCUGGGGAGAUUCCCUGGUGAGGGUGGUGUUAUAGCCCCAGGGAUGAGCUGUAAGUACACAGUGCGCUUCGCCCCAGACUCCCUGGGAGGCUAUGAGGACUUCAUCGUGGUGGAGACCCAGGUUGAACACCUGCUUGUGGUGCCCAUCACGGCCAGACGACCCCCUCCUAUUCUCACAUUACCAAGAGUCCUGGACUGUGGUUAUUGUCUGAUUGGAGGAGUCAAGUUUGUUGAGUUCCUGUGCCAAAAUGUUGGUCUCAGUGCCGGGACCUUCUGCAUCAUCCCCAAGAAUCAGUGGCCAGCCUCCAACCUGAGGUCUGUGGCGAGAACUUACUUCUGUGAACAGCUACCCUUUGCAGUGAGCCCAUCUCUUUUUGUGCUGCAGCCAGGAGAAGCCACAGUGGUGGAGGUGGUUUUCUUUCCCACCACUGCUGAGAAGAGCUGUCAGGUUUUCACUGUUGUGUGUGACAACUGCCAGGUGAAAGACAUUUCCAUUCAAGGUGAGGGCCAGCUGAUUGCACUCGAGCUUGUGUCUGUAUCUGGGACGAAGGAGCCCCCCGUGGUGGGAGAGGCGCACGACCUCACCGCAGAGCAUUUUGUCCGUUUCAGCCCAUGUAACCCUCACUCUGUGCAACAGAAAAAAAUCAUCAUCAGAAACAACGUCCACUUGGAGCUACCUUUCCACUGGCAGAUCUUGAAGCCCAACCUGCGCCCUCUGCUUCCAGGGGAAACCCCAGAGCCCUCCCAUAUCCAGUUCCACCUGGCCACAGAUGAUGUUUUCCACGUCAGCCCCCUAACGGGGAUUCUGGCCCCCUGCCAGGAAGUAGAGUUUCUGUUCACCUUCUGUCCUAAAGAGUUGAAGGACUACCACAGUGUCUGUCACUUAGUCCUGAGGGAUGUCCCCCAGCUGCCAUCAGAGCCCAGUGACAAUGGAGUCCUUCAACCUGUCCACGCUGGCUCCAAGGUGAACGACGUCAUCGUCAUGGAGAUAGAGGUCAAGGGGUCAACAGAGCCGUACCAGGUCCUACUGGAGCCCUACGCUGUUGUAAUCCCUGGAGAGAUUUUUAUUUGCACAACCACCCGCAGACAUUUCAAGAUGUGGAACCACAGCAAAUCCUGCAUCUUUUUUCAAUGGGAGAGAAUGAACAGCAGCGUCCACAUAAUAGAAGUAGAGCCCUCUACUGGAAAAAUAGAGGAAAACGAGUGUUUUGAUUUCGACCUGAUUGUGACUGGAGGGAAACCAGAGAAGGUUGCAACCAGUCUCGUGUGCCACAUAGAGCACCGUCACGAACCCGUCACUUUGGCUGUGGAAGUCUCUUUUAAGGGUCCUAUAGUGACCCUCGGUGUGCCCAGUGUGGACUUUGGGCUCAUGAAGCUUGGGGAGCAGUCACAGACCACGCUGCUCCUCACCAACAUCACCCAACUGGAGGCCUCCUGGACCCUGAAGGAGAGGCAUCAAGACACACAGAUCUUAGUGAAGCCUUGCUGUGGUGUGCUGCCCCCCUUGGCCUCUUGCAGUGUGGAUGUGAUAUUUAUGCCGCGUUUCUGCCAGCAAUAUGAAACAGAUCUGCAGCUGACAGUGGAGGAGGGAACAGGAUGUCACCUGUUGGUGCGAGCAGAUGUGCAGUCACCUCAGGUGUGUCUGCUAAACUGUGAGCUGCUCCUCUCUGAACUCUACAUUGGAGUCCCUGCCAAGUCGACCGUCACUCUCUUCAACCAGACGCUGCUGCCUUCACACUUCAGCUGGACGGCUCAGCUCCAGGGUAAACAUGCUGAACUGUGUGCAGCCAGUUUCGACCCCUCCUCUGGUACUCUGGAGCCCAACACCAGCAUGGACAUCACAGUUAACUUUAUCUCUCACACAGAUAUGGAACUGACUGAGGUGGCUGCUCUCUGCGAGGUCCAGGGAAUGAGCUCUCCUCUUGUUCUUGGCAUCGUGGCUUCCAAAAGCAAGAAACUCAGCGUGUCCUACUCGCUGCCGAAUGUCCGCUCUACACCAGACGAUGAGAGCCCCUCAACACUGUUACUUGACUUCGGAGAUGUUAUUUUGAAGAAAGCCGUCACCAAGCAGUUAUCGGUAACCAAUCAAACUGCUAUCACUGCCUCCUUCACCAUAGAGGCGGAGUAUUUCACCUGCAACACCUCGAAGCCAAAUGACCAGUCAAAGAAAAGAUUCACAUACGUCAAGAAGCCGCUUCACUCGGUUCAAGCUAAGAAAGUAGAAGAAAAAGCACACGAGGAGUUUGUGAAGGGCCUGCUGUCUCAUGGAAAAGGUGCAGCUUUCUUUGUUGUCCCAGACACUGGGACACUGGGACCGUUUGAGACCCAGACUGUGGAUGUCACCGCCUACACUGACAUGUGGGGGGAGUACAGAGAUCACCUCGUAUGCAAAGUGGGAGACCUCGAGCCCACGCUCAUUCCCAUGCAGAUGACAGUGAAAGGAUGCCCACUCUACUUCCAAAUGACAGGCCCACGUACAGAUGGCCAGAACCAAGGACCAGUCAUACAGUUUGGCACUCACGUAUCCGGAGGUGACACGGUGUCUCGUUCACUUCGCAUCAACAAUCCCACCAUGUUUGAUAUCCGCAUGGACUGGGAAACAUAUAACGUGGAUCCAAAUGACCGUCAGUUGGUGGAUGUCAGGGUGGUGUACGGAGACGCCUUUCCCCUUAAGGAUGCUGAUGGAAAUGAGGUUUUGAGCGGAGCGUUAAGGAUUCCUGAUGGGAGCCUUCAGACAGCAUGGGAAAGAAAUGAGACCCCAGGCUCUGAAGGAACGAGUGGCUCCUUCCAAAGCGUGACUGAUGGGGAAGGGGAGGAACAUAUAUCCGAGGAUGGCUGUGAGGAAGAGGAAACCUGUCUUUAUCCAUCUCACCCAAAGAAAAAACUCUUCUCCGUCUACAUCAGACCUCAUGAAGGCACCCUCUUGGAUUAUCCAUACUGCAUUACACCUCAGCAAAUAGUCAUUCCAGCAAAAGGCAGCAGCACAAUCCACGUAUCGUUCACCCCUUUGACUCUUUCCGGGUCCGUUUGUGAGUCCAGGUGUGUGGGCUUGGCUCUGGGCUUCAUGAGUCUAGACUCUAAGAUGGCUGCCUGUGUCCCGGGUAAAGUUGGAAGAGCUCAGGGUUUGGAUUUGGAUCCCAUCAGGAUGGAUCUACUUGCAGUCGUUAAGCCUGCAGUGCUGUUCGUGCAGAUGGAGGAGGAGGAGGGGGCACUGGAGUUUCGUGCCUCAGCCGGUGAUUUACUGAGAGGAGAAUCAGAGAAGGAGCUGGUGGUGCGUGAAUUUGACAUCACAAAGACCUUUCGGCUGAAAAACAACUCAGAAAUGCUCCUACACUUCAGACUCGGGGCUCAGCCUCCUUUUUUAGUUCUCAAACCGCAGCCUCGAGCCCAGACCAGCAUCUCCAGCAACCCGCCCACUGGUGACAGCAAGUCUCUGGUGCUGCAGCCACAACACAGCAUGCAGGUGAAGGUGGCCUUCCACUGCUCCCUGUCUCUUCUGGAUCUUGUAGAGCAGGAGGAUGAGGAAGUCUCUCCCGGGGUGACGCUGAUCCACAGUGCAAGUGGAGAGAGGAAGCUGAGGUUCCAGCAAAACCUCCUGAUUCACUACAGCAACAACAGCCUGCAGACAGUGCCUCUCCGUGCCCAUUUGGCUCUCGCUACGAUGCGUCUGUCCACUGACAGCAUCGACUUUGGGUUCUGCUACGUGGGGCAAACACAGACAAAAGAAGUGAACCUCUACAGCCACGGAGCCCACGCAUACUGGAAAUCACUCAUAGAAUCAGAUGAAGGAGACUCCCAUGCGUUCAGUGUGACUCCAGAUUCUGGGCUUCUCCGGUCCAAGGAGCUCCAUGUCAACAGCUGCAGCCAGUGUCUUCAGAUCGGCUUCACUCCGAGUGAACACAGAGAGUUCAGGGCCACUGUUGUAAUCCAGUCUCCUCUGGUGAAGACGCCCCUCACUCUGCAGCUCCAGGGAACAGGAUCCUUUGCAGAAGUGUACAGUUCUAACUAGACGUACUCGUAACAUCACAGUCGUACAAUCGCCAGCUUCUGCUUAACCUGCUCUCCUGUGUUAUAGUCCUUUUUGUAAGAAUGUAAAUAAAUAUGAA